UCUCUUAUCGCCCACCACAAGCUCAUGGCUGAGGUAGCGGCGGCGCCAGCUCCCCAACGCCCUCGCUAUCCACAACGGUAAAGCCGCGCCGAUGUCUUCCGCUCCCCCGCCUCCGCCUACGCCGCCGUCGGCGAACCCCGACGCGCCCCCGCACGUGGUCCGAGCGCCGCCGCGGCGACCGCCCCCGCGGGCGCCCGGCCCACCGCCGUGGGCGGAGCGGCGGCCCGCCGUGUCCGUCGACCUCGACCGCGGCCGCCGCUCCGCGCGCGCCGAGGUGGAGGGCGUUGGUGCCGCGUCGCUCCCCGCGCGGCACCGCCUCCGCGUCGAGGGCAGCCGGUGGCAGCGGGACUGGAAGGUGUCCGAGGCCGCAGCGCGCGUGCUCGCGCUGCCCCGCGCCGACGCGCACGCCGUCGAUGCCGUGCUCAACUGCUGGGCCGGGCGGUUCGCCCGCCGCAACUUCCCGCUCCUUAUCCGCGAGAUCACAAUUGCUGGGUCCUUAAAACAUGCUGUACAUGUGUUCCGCUGGAUGAAAAAUCAGGAGAACUACUGCGCUCGUAGUGACAUUUAUGGCAUGAUGAUACGAUUACAUGCUAGACAUAAUCAAGUUGAUCAGGCACGUGGCCUGUUCUUUGAGAUGCAAGAAUGGCGGUGCAGGCCUGAUGCUGAUACAUACAACUCUUUGAUCCAUGCUCAUGCUCGAGCUGGUCAAUGGCGUUGGGCCAUCAACAUUAUGGAAGAUAUGCAACGUGCUGCUAUACCUCCUAGCCGAACAACGUAUAACAAUGUCAUAAAUGCAUGUGGGGCUGCUGGUAACUGGAAGAAAGCUUUAGAACUUUGUAAGAAGAUGACAGAAAAUGGUGUAGGACCAGAUUUGGUUACACAUAACAUUGUCUUGUCUGCGUUCAAGAAUGGAGCUCAGUAUUCGAAAGCCAUAGCUUACUUUGAAAUUAUGAAAGGAUCAAAUAUUGCCCCUGAUACUUUCACUCUGAAUAUUGUGAUCCAUUGCCUUGUAAAGGCUGGGCAGUACGGGCAUGCUAUUGAGUUGUUUAACUCAAUGAGGGGAAAAAGAACGAGAUGUCGUCCAGAUGUUGUUACAUAUACUAGCAUAAUUCAUUCUUAUUCUGUUUGUGGGCAAGCUGAAAAUUGCAAGGCAGUCUUUGAUAUGAUGGUCGCUGAAGGUGUGAAACCUAAUAUCGUAUCAUACAACACACUUUUGGGUGCUUAUGCGUCACAUGGUAUGCACAUGGAGGCCUUGGAAACUUUUAAAUUAAUGAAGCAAAAUGGGUUACAACCUGAUAUAGUUUCUUAUACCUCCUUACUGAAUGCCUAUGGUAGAUCUGCACAGCCUGAGAAGGCUAGGGAGGUCUUUAAUGAGAUGAAGAACAACACAUGCAAGCAAAAUAAAGUCAGCUACAAUGCGCUUAUUGAUGCUUAUGGAUCUUCUGGAAUGUUGAAGGAAGCCAUUAGUUUGCUGCAUGAAAUGGAAAGAGAUGGCAUUCAGCCGGAUGUUGUUUCAAUAAGUAUUCUGUUGACAGCAUGUGGCCGCUGCAGGCAACUAACUAAAAUUGGCACAAUUCUGGAAGCAGCUAAGUCUCGAGGGAUCGAACUAAAUACAGUUGCUUACAACUCAGGCAUCGGAAGCUAUUUAAGUUUGGGAGAUUAUGAGAAAGCGUUGGAGCUGUACACAUUGAUGAGGGCGAACAAUGUGAAGCCAGAUGCUGUAACUUACAAUAUACUCAUCAGUGGAUCUUGUAAAUUGGGACGGUACACAGAAUCUCUGAAUUUUUUUGAAGACAUGAUGGGCUUGAAGAUUCAUUUGACCAAGGAGGUCUACUCAUCUGUGAUAUGUUUAUAUGUCAAACAGGGAAAACUUACUGAAGCAGAAUCUACUUUUAGUUCUAUGAAAGAAUGUGGCUGUUCCCCUGAUGUUUUGACAUAUACUGCAAUGAUUAAAGCCUAUAGUGAUGAUGGUAAUGGGAGCUGGAGGAAAGCCUGGGACCUAUUCAAAGAGAUGGAAGGAAAUGACAUACAGCCAGAUGCCAUUAUAUGUUCAUCCCUCAUGGAAGCAUUGAAUAAGGGAAGCCAACCUGAGAGGGUCCUUCAGUUAAUGGAAUUCAUGAAGGAAAAACACAUUUCAUUGAACCAAAAAGCUUAUUUUGAGAUAAUAGCUUCGUGCAGCAUGCUACGGGACUGGAAAACAGCAAGUGAAAUAAUUGAACAUUUGGAUUCCUCACUCUCAUCCAUUUCUGUUGGGACACUAAACCAUCUUCUAAAUUUUCUUGGAAAAUGUGGGAAGACAGAGAGCAUGAUGAAGCUGUUCUAUAAGAUGCUGACUUCAUGCUCUACUGUGGGCCUUUCUACCUAUGCGGUUCUGCUGAGAAAUCUCUUAGUUGUUGGGAAAUGGAGAAAGUAUAUUGAGGUUUUGGAGUGGAUGGAAGAUGCUGGAGUCCGUCCUACCCUAUAUAUGUAUCAGAGUGUUCUUCCAUAUAUCUGGAGAGACAAUAGCAUGGACUAUGUCACUCUCAUGCAAGAAAAAAUAAAUGCGCUGAGAGAGAAAGUAACAUGAGCUCCAGAUAUUUGUGCAUCUGUUUGGUGAGAAGUACUAGAUGUCAGUGACUGAAUACGGAGGAUAGCAUUGUGACUUUGCUCUGGUUGGAAUAGAACUAACUAAUAACCUCCAGGAAAUUGGUCAAUGUGCUUCCAGAACGAGAGAAUGACAUGUUUCUACACUUGGUAAUAAGCUGCGACAUGUGAAAAGCAUCGCCCCAUGAGUUAUGUGCUCAUGGUUCUACAACGACAGAGGUGGGAAAUAAUCUGUCGUGGCUAUAUGCUUCAUGUAUCUCUUGGAAAGAUCAAGUUAGCCAAAUAGAUCAGUCUUUUCUCCAACGAAGACGUUACUGUCUAUUUGAGACAACAACUGGCACAUUGUAGGAGAACUAUGAAAAAGGGUUUUAGUAGAAGUUAAUGUCAAAACUUCACUGAAAUACAGUUUUUUUUUUUGUUAAGACCAUCAUCAUGGUAUAAGCAAUUCGAAGCAAGGUUUCUGAUGCCAAUACCAGAGCCUUAUUUUGGUACUGGCAGUAGCAAUAGUCAAA